AAAAAUUCCGUUCGUUCACAUGUUACAGAUACAUAUUUCAGAGAUACAGGCGACACGGCGAGGGACUUGAAAAAAUACACUUUGACAACUAUGAUGCAUCGUUUAGAAUAGAAGCUGCAUGUACCUGAAUAAACCACGACGUGGCAUUUAUCUUUUAAUAACAAUAUUGAACUAUCGUACAAUUUACCGCCAAUAACACCACGUCAUAAGAUUAUCGACAGGGCGACAAUCAGUCCAUUUCAAGACUUCGUCCAUGAAAUUAUAAAAAUUGCGCUUUAAAACCCUCGUUCGCUAAAGCUCGCUCGGGGUCGGAUGCCUAGUGUAACUGGUUUUUGUGCUCGUGCGCUCGCUUACUCGUUGUCAGUGUUUUACCAGAUGAUACGAGACUUACCAGAUACCUCACGCUCUCGAUGCUUGAAGAUUGUUUAAUGGGUGAUAAAUGUUAGUCCGCUAGUCCGUGAAGUCGAGUUUCAUCAAGUAGCGGACCUCGAGUGCAGUAACUACGAAGCGCUAGUCGUGGAGGUCGAAAUCCACAAGGCAAAGGACCUGGACAGCCAAAACGACGGAGCGCUUGUCGUGGAAGUGGAGUUUCAUCAGGUAGCGGACCUUGAGCGCAGAAACUACACAGCGCUUGUCGUGGAAGUCAAGUUUCACCAGGUAGAGAACCUGGAGCAUAGAAACUACGGAGCGCUUGUCCUGGAACUCGAGUUGCACCAGGAAGCGGACCCGGAGUGCAGGAACCACGGAGGUAGAGAAUCCGGUACUCGAAAUCUGCGGAGCGCGAUUUUUUAUACGUCCGCUCUACUGCGCGGUUGUUUCCAGACUGAGGAAUACGACGCAGUAUACUUGAUAUCCGAGUAUUAAUUUAGUUGUACAAGGUGUAGACAUUCAUAGGACAAGCGAGUUUCGACAGAAGAACUCCGAUCACGACUUUAACUGCGAUUCCAGUUGAUUGUUGAUCGUCAGAAAAAACGCUGUGACAAGGAAAUAUAUAAUUGAUAUCAAUAACGGCUAAUAUUCGAGAUGCAUAUGAAUGUUCAACUUAUCUUAUUGUUAUCUGUAACGAUGACUCAUCACCUAACUUUGGCACAAACAUGUAACGAGAGGCAGCUACCAGGUCCCACUUUAGUAGACAUGUGCGGUGAAUCCGGUACGUUGAUGUCUUUUCUGGACUUAGCCAUACGAAAGAACGAAAAAAUAUCGGGAAUAUGCGAACGCGUGACGCCCAUCGAGACACCAGAUCCCGAGUAUGACUACAUCGUAGUCGGCGGUGGUGCGGCAGGUUCUGUGGUGGCUGCAAGAUUGAGUGAGAUUUUCCAUUGGAAAGUUUUACUUCUCGAAGCUGGUGAUGAUGAACCCGCAUCUGCACAAAUUCCAAGUUUUACCACUGAUAUAGAAGGAUCCAGUUUAGAAUGGGGAUAUCUAACGACGAAUGAAAGUCACGCGUGUCUCUCAACGAACGCUUCUUGUACGUACGCCGCGGCGAAAGCUCUCGGUGGAUGUACGGUGCACAACGGGAUGAUAUAUUUGAGGGGCAAUCCAACGGACUACAACAAUUGGGCUGCUAUGGGUAAUGAGGGCUGGACUUGGGAUGAAGUGAAACCUUUCUUUCUCAAGGUGGAGGAUAAUGGUGAAAUUGAUAGAGUUGGAAGAUUCUGGCACGCCACGGGGGGUCCGCUUUUCGUCGAAAGAUCUCGUUAUCAACCUCCAUUUACCGAUUCUAUACUCAGAGCAGCGGAAGAGGCAGGAUUUGGCGUCAGUGAAGAUCUCAACGGAGACGAGACUACUGGUUUUGCAAUAGUACAAACCACUUCGAAAAAUGGAGUUAGACGUAGCAGUGCCACAUCGUACCUACGGCCUACCAGGAACCGUGAGAAUCUGCACAUUUCCUUGAACACCACUGUCACAAGAGUAAUAAUCGAGGAUGGAAAGGCAGUCGGCGUCGAGUACUUUAAGAAUGAUGAGUUCAAGACGGUUCGUGCCUUGCGAGAAGUAAUUCUAAGCGCUGGAAAUGUCAAAUCGCCUCACAUUCUACUUCUCUCGGGCAUUGGGCCCAAGGAACACCUCGAGUCCAUGGGUAUAACAGUAGUCAAGGACUUGCCCGGCGUUGGUAGCAAUUACCACGACCACCCGUACUUCAUGCUUAGCUUUACUAUCAACGAGACCGAUGUGUACGACAACGAUUGGGCUGUUGCUGCUGAGUACCUCGCCUUUCAGACCGGCCCAUUGUCCAGUUAUGGCAUAGCCGGGGCGAUCGCUCAUAUAGCUUCCACAGCAACAACCCCUGACUAUCCUGACAUCCAAAUAUUCAGUGCUGGUUACCAAGCUGACUGUGCGCCGGGAGAAAUUGGGGCUCUUCGUAGCACGGGGCGACGUACUGUAACCUUGUCGGCAUUGUAUCUCCAUCCGAAAAGCAGAGGACGAAUUAGUCUCGCCUCGAACGAUCCUUUUGAAAGCCCCUUGAUCUGGGGUAACUUUUUGAGCGAACCUAGCGAUGUCGUUGGUAUUUUGGAAGGAAUAAAUAUUGUUCUCAAGUUGACCAAUUCAAAUACUUUGAGAUCCCAUAAUAUGACAUUGUCAAUGUCAAUCCUCGAAGCUUGCAGAGAUUACACUUUUGCCACUACUGAGUACUGGAAGUGUGCGUUACACCAGGCUGUAAAGCCCGUAGGUCAUGGAACCGGAUCGUGUAAAAUGGGCCCCAAGCAUGACGCAAUGGCAGUUGUCGAUCAUAAGCUUCGAGUUCGAGGCAUCAAAGGACUGCGCGUUGCGGAUACUUCCAUCAUGCCUCAGAUAAUUACUGGAAAUACUGCGUCACCGACAAUGAUGAUCGGGGAGCGAGUAUCUGAAUUCAUCAAGGAAAGUUCUGGUCUCACUUCAGAAUCAAGAAUGGGAGUGGUACCUACGAAAUAAAUGUAAUCGCGUGAUUAGUGACAUCCGUUAAUGUAACUGGAAAUCGUUUUGUUUUUUAAAUGAACGAUAAAUUGCCUCUUCAAGACCAAUUGUCUUGCGGUAACGUAGAGUGCAUUCAGAGAUGACAAAACUUUUAUCACUUCAUUGGAAGGGAUUCGGCAAACACUGUGCAAUAUCGACGGAACAUGUUUCGGUAAUGGGUGGAACUCUUUUCUAGAGAACAAGAUCAUGUUUGAACAUUUUUUAAUUUGCGCUGAUUCUACUGACUCUUGUUUUAUU